AUGAACUGGGCAUUUCUGCAGGGCCUCCUGAGUGGCGUGAACAAGUACUCCACAGCGCUGAGCCGCAUCUGGCUGUCUGUGGUGUUCAUCUUUCGCGUGCUGGUGUACGUGGUGGCAGCGGAGGAGGUGUGGGACGAUGAGCAGAAGGACUUUGUCUGCAACACCAAGCAGCCCGGCUGCCCCAACGUCUGCUAUGACGAGUUCUUCCCCGUGUCCCACGUGCGCCUCUGGGCCCUGCAGCUCAUCCUGGUCACGUGCCCCUCCCUGCUCGUGGUCAUGCACGUGGCCUACCGCGAGGAGCGCGAGCGCAAGCACCACCUGAAACACGGGCCCAAUGCGCCGUCCCUGUACGACAACCCGAGCAAGAAGCGGGGCGGGCUGUGGUGGACGUACUUGCUGAGCCUCAUCUUCAAGGCUGCCGUGGACGCGGGUUUCCUCUAUAUCUUCCACCGCCUCUACAAGGAUUAUGACAUGCCCCGCGUGGUGGCCUGCUCCGUGGAGCCUUGCCCCCACACUGUGGACUGUUACAUCUCCCGGCCCACAGAGAAGAAGGUCUUCACCUACUUCAUGGUGACCACAGCUGCCAUCUGCAUCCUGCUCAACCUCAGUGAAGUCUUCUACCUGGUGGGCAAGAGGUGCCUGGAGAUCUUCGGCCCCAGGCACCGGCGGUCUCGGCGCCGGGAACGCCUACCCGAUACGUGCCCACCAUAUGUCCUCUCCCAGGGGGGGCACCCUGAGGAUGGGAACUCUGUCCUAAUGAAGGCUGGGUCGGCCCCAGUGGAUGCAGGUGGGUAUCCAUAA